AUGGCCGCAACUCCGGUUGCGAUUUGUGGGAUGGGCCUUAGGCUUCCUGGGAGGAUCAAGAACGAUGCGGACAUGUACAAGUUCCUGAUGGAAAAACGAGAUGCACGGUCGAUAGUUCCCAAAAGCCGAUACGAUAUCGAAAAGUACUACAAUGAACAUUCCAAAAAGGGUACCAUCAUCAGUAAAUAUGGGUACUUCUUGGAAGACGAUCUAACGCACUUCGACUUGUCUAUGAUCAGUAUGACAUCCGUUGAAGCGAGCCGACUUGACCCGACCCAGCGGGUGCUAUUGGAAGUUGUCCGUGAGACGUUCGAGAACUCUGGCGAAGCUGACUUCAGAGGCAAAAACAUUGGAACCUUUGCCAGUAUGUUUGCCGAAGACUGGCGGGAUUUGCAGACACGGGAUAUUGAAGAUGGGAGCCCUUACCAGCUCACAGGAAUGCUUGACUUUAUGCUGGGAAACCGGAUUGCUUACGAAUACGACUUAAAAGGCCCAAGUUUUACAGUGAAGGCUGCUUGUUCUUCGUCGGGGUUAGCGCUCCACCAAGCUUUGCAGACCAUUCUUCAAGGAGAGAUAUCUGCUGCCAUUGUAGCCGGUGCGAAUCUCCUGUUCGCACCUGGCUUGUCCAUUACUAUGUCAGCAACAGGGACUUUGUCUUCGAGCGGCUCAUGUAAAUCUUUUGACGCUAGUGCAGAUGGCUACGGAAGAGCGGAGGGCAUCGCUUGUCUUUACGUUAAACGCUUGGAUGAGGCUAUUCGGGAUGGCAAUCCUGUAAGAGCUGUGAUCAGAGCCUCUGCUAGUAAUGCCGAUGGAAAGACGGCUGCUUUGACCGUGCCGAACCCUGUUGCCCACGAAAGCUUCAUCCGUCAAGCGUACGAGAAUGCCGGUCUCUCCUUUCGCGAUACCGCAAUGGUUGAAUGCCACGGAAGCGGCACAUUCGUGGGCGACUCUCUCGAAGUUUCUGCUGUAGCCAAUUGUUUUGGGGCGGAUGGUGUCUAUAUUGGCUCAGCAAAGCCUAACUUAGUACAGAGCAAUCUUCUUCUAUCUGAUUUCAAAACACUGAAAAUUUUAAAGGGCCACUCAGAGGGUGCUAGUGCGAUUACGAGUAUCAUCAAAGCCGUCGUCUCUCUUGAAAACACUACUAUCUUGCCUAACAUCAAGUUUACCACGCCUAGCCCCAAGAUUCCUUGGAAGACCGGGAAGUUGCAGGUUCCUACUGAGCCUCUUCCCUGGCCUGAAGAUCGACGCGAGAGGAUAUCUGUCAAUUCAUUUGGUAUUGGCGGAUCUAACGUUCAUUUUGUGUUGGACUCCGCAAAGUCUUUCGGGAUUUCAACGCCGAAGGGAUGCAAUGACGAUCCAAAACAGGCUAAUAAAAGCCUCCUUUUAUUCUCGGCAAAUAAUGCUGGAUCGCUCCAGGCACUUUUAGAUGCUUACAGAAAAUAUCUAGACAGAUUUCCACAUGAACUGGAAUCCCUCAAAUUUACGCUUUCAGAGCGUAGAGAACAUUUGAAACUUAGAGGUUAUCAUCUCAUGCACGGCUCAUCUUCUUUUAAAGUCGUCCACAAUACCAAGGAAACGAAGCUCGCGGCUGACAACAUUUUAUUUGUAUUUACUGGACAAGGCGCGCAAUGGGUACACAUGGGAAGAGAGCUGCUGUUAAGAUACGAGAUAUUUUCCGGUAGUAUCAGAAUGAUGGAUGCAGCUUUAAGUUCCCUGCAUGACGCACCAAGCUGGACUAUCGAAAACAUCAUCUUGAAAUGCGAAGAUGAGAUGAUUCUUACCACACCCGGGUUUUCUCAGCCUGGCGUCACUCCAGCAGCGAUAGUUGGGCACAGUAGUGGAGAAAUUGCUGGCUCUUACGCGUCAGGUGCUUUAUCUCUCAGGGAAGCGAUUAUAGUCUCCUUCUACCGUGGGCAUGUCUGCAAAGGCUCUGCUAAGAGUGGUGGAAUGGCUGCUGUCGGACUUGGACGGGACGACAUUCAAAAUUACCUAGUAUCAGGAGUACAAGUUGCGUGCGAGCAUAGCAGCAAAAAUGUUACCAUCAGUGGCGACGUGGUGUCUCUAGACGCUACUCUGGACACCAUAAAAAUUGCUCACCCUAACGUUCCCGCUCGCAAGCUGCAGGUUAGCAUGGCCUAUCAUUCAGAUCACAUGAGGGUUGUUGGUGGAGUUUAUCACGACCUCAUAGCCGAUCAUCUGAAUCCUCAGCGUCCGCGCCUGCCUUUCUUUUCCAGUGUACAUGGGCGUUUACUUUCGGAAGCUCAAGAAUUUACGGCAAAAUACUGGAAGGACAAUUUGGAGAAUCCUGUACUGUUCUCUACAGCCGUAAAUGUAGCGCUCCGAAACUGCCCUAAUGCUCAUAUUCAUCUUGAGGUUGGACCCCAUUCAGCAUUGGCUGGUUCCAUGAAACAAAUCUUCCUGGAGCAAGGCACCUCGAAUGCAUAUUCAUCCGUUCUUAAACGCAAAACGGACGACGUAGAUACAUUUCUCGAGACCAUGGGACAAUUGUAUCUGGCUGGGUCGCGAAUUCUCGAGUCCAGUGAGGUGGAACCGAGCUGGAGAAACAUCUUACGCUUGAUCGAUGUCCCGUGGUUGAGAGAUCAUCGUGUCAGUAGUGAUAUCGUGUUUCUUGCAGCUGGCUACGUAGCAAUGGCUGGUGCUGCGGCAGCACAGCUUCGCGACGAUGGUGAGAGCACCCAAUUAGACUAUACGAUCCAGGAAAUGUGCAUUCAAAAUACUUUGGUGCUACGGGAUGACACGCCCUCUGAAAUUAUUACAACCCUCCGACCAAGGGCGCUCACCACAGAGCUAGACAGUAAUUGGUAUGAGUUUUCAAUAUUAUUAUAUGAUGGAAGCUCUUGGAGUAGACACUGUCGUGGUCUCGUCGCAGCAGGUCAAGCCCGCAAAUUCAUCCCGACAGAAACCCUAAGCUUUGCACGGGGAGUAUGUGCAGAUCGUUGGUACAAGACAAUGGCUCGUAUUGGUCUUAACUACGGACCCAGGUUUACAGGUCUUCGAGACAUUACUGCUGGAGUCUCUAAUAGAGGAUGCUCAGGCACAGUUACGAACACGAAAGAGAAAUGGGAAUCACCAUAUGCAACGCAUCCGGCAACUUUGGACGUUAUUUUCCAGUCUUUUAUCGUCGCCUGGACAAAGGGCAUCUACCGGGAACUCACGCAACUUUCCCUACCAACUUUUAUUGAAGAGAUUUACGUCGGCGAAACCAAAUCGGCAGCGAUUCACUUCAACACGACUGCCACUGAAACCCAAGGUUCAUCUCAUGGUGUGGUGGAUGACGACAUAGUGCUUUUUAUGCGUGGCCUCAAAUUGACACCACUUCGAGGUGGAAAUAAUGAUGACCUGUUAGAACCCUUUGCACAAUGUCUACAAUGGAAGCCAGAUUUCUACUUCGCAGAAACGAACAAAAUCCUCAAACCGAAAAUGGAUAUACGACCACAACUUGCAUUGACUGAACGCUUGUUUGUUCUUUGCGCGGCCGAAGCAGAACAUAGCUUGUCAAGUCUUAUCCCGUCUCAACCUCAUCUUGUUAGCUUCGUGGCGUGGCUCGAGGGGCAGAUCAAACGGUUUGAUAGUCCAGAUUACCCUUUGGUAGAAGAUUCUCAGCUCUUGCUACAUCUCGACAGUGCUACCAGACUGUACAGAAUUACCGACUGCCUCGCAGAGAUACAGCAAACCGAUGUCCGAAAACUUGGCAAUGCUAUAUGGAAAACCUUUUCGCACCUUGCCGAUAUCAUUGAAGGUCGCAUAGACUUCCUAGAGCUACUUUUCCAAGAUCAUGUAUUGCAAGAUUUGUACGAAUGGAUGGAUAUUCUGGUGGACUUGAGUGACUUUUUGUCCCUCCUCGGAAACAGUCAACCACAAAUGAAAAUUCUCGAAAUCGGCGCUGGCACUGGGGGUCUCACUGCCAAGGUCAUCAACAGUCUCAAAAAUGAAUAUGGCGAGCGUCUUUACCAUAGCUACACUUUUACCGAUAUCUCUUCGGGAUUUUUCGCUAAGGCCAAAGAGCGCUUCAAAGAACACCACAGCAUUGAGUAUAAAGUACUUGACAUUUCUAAAGAUCCUAUCGCCCAAGGAUUUGCACCCGGCGAAUACGAUUUUAUCCUGGCCGCGAAUGUUCUGCAUGCGACUCCGACUUUGAGUGAAACACUUGCCAACUGCCGCAAACUGCUCAAACCUUCCGGUAAACUAUUUUUGCAGGAGCUAUCACCAGAGGAGUGGGAAGUUAAACUUCGGGGAGCAGAUUUUGAGAUUAUUUCCGUCACUCUGGAUGGCGUACGUCCUUACUAUGUUAACGCUAAUAUCAUCGCCAGACCAACAAUCGUGAUCGAUAAUGUCAAACGAAUAACACUAUUGACGAACUUUCAGAGCCUUGGCCCAUCUGCUGAAGCUGUCAAAAACGAGCUUGAGUCGCAAGGAUACACAAUCAAUCACUGUAUCUGGGGAGAAGAAGAGAUUCCAACGUCUCAAGAUCUUAUUUCGUUUGUCGAUAUAGAAGACCGAAAGGAUCCCCUCUUUCGGGAUAUUAACGACGAGGACUUGAAAUACUUGUUAAAGCUCGUUGACGCUCUGUCUCAUCCCAUCAUCUUAUAG